ACAGGUAGACCAUGUGAUGUUAAUGGUGUAUUCCUCCCCCCUGGCGCUCCACCUCCACCUCCUGAGAAUCUCGCACCUGAUGACUGGACGCCUUUUCGAAACCGCACAGAAUUUGAAACGGCCGAGUUCCUUUACAAGCACAAUCAAAUGCCAGCUGGUCAAAUUGACCGGCUACUGGAUCUAUGGGCAUCUACCCUUGCGAAGCACAACGACAACCCGCCGUUUGCAGAUCACCGUGAUCUGUACCACGUCAUCGACAGUUCGCCCUUUGGGGAUGUACCAUGGCAACGUUUUACGGUCGCCUAUGAUGGCGAGAGACUUGCAGACGAGGACAAGCCCUGGAUGGACAGCGAAUACGAAGUCUGGUUCCGCGACCCACGUGAAGUUGCGUGUAAUAUGCUCGCAAAUUCGACUUACGCUAACGAGAUAGAUUACUGCCCGUAUAGGGAGUAUUCAACUGAGGGCAACAAGCGCCAAUGGAAGGAUUUCAUGUCUGGCGACUGGGUGUGGAAUCAAGCAGACGAAAUCGCGAAAGACCCGAGCACUCUCGGGUCGACAUUUGUCCCUGUCAUCCUUGGCAGCGACAAAACGACAGUUUCAGUCGGAACGGGUAACAACGAGUACUACCCGCUCUAUGCUUCCAUUGGGAACAUCCACAAUAACGUUCGAAGAGCGCAUCGCGAUGGUGUGGCCGUCAUUGGGUUCCUGGCAAUGCCGAAAACUACGCAGGAACAUGCUGAAGAACCUUCGUUCCGAAGAUUUCGUCGACAGUUAUUCCAUUCAUCCCUUUCCAAAAUUCUCGAUCCGCUCAAGCUGGGCAUGACGACUCCCGAAGUAACAUGUUUCGGAGAUGGCCACUACCAGUGUGUCAUAUAUGGACUAGGGCCUUACAUAGCGGAUUACGAAGAGCAAGUUUUAUUAGCGUGCAUUGUCCGUAAUUGGUGUCCAAAGUGUGUUGCAAAUCACGAAGAUCUCGACGAAGAUGUGCUGCCCCGUAGCCGCGAAUAUACAGAGGCACUCGUUGAAGAAGCUCCCUCAGGAGAUCUUUGGGAAGACUUCGGAAUAGUUGCGCAACUUGUGCCAUUCACAAACGACUUUCCCCGAGCCGAUAUCCAUCAAAUGAUAUCACCAGAUAUCCUCCAUCAACUUAUAAAAGGCGCCUUCAAGGAUCACCUCGUAACAUGGGUCAAGAAGUACCUCCGUCAGACACACAACAAACGGAAGGCACAGAAAAUUAUGGAUGAUAUUGACCGCAGAAUCACUGCUGUCGCCUCGUUUUCAGGCUUGCGACGAUUUCCUCAAGGGCGCGGAUUCAAACAGUGGACAGGAGAUGACUCCAAGGCCUUGAUGAAAGUCUAUUUACCUGCUAUCGAGGGCCAUGUACCUCAAGAUGUCGUUCGCGCCUUUCGUGCGCUUCUAGAUUUUUGUUAUCUAGUCCGUCGCAAUAUCAUCACCGAAGACUCUCUACUUCAAAUCGAAGACGCACUCUCUCGUUUUCACCAUUACCAUGAAAUCUUCAGGACAAUGAGUGUCGUCCUUCACUUCUCCUUACCUCGUCAACACUCGCUCAUGCACUAUGUUCGAAACAUUCGACUCUUUGCUGCACCCAACGGUCUCUGCUUGUCAAUCACCGAGAACAAGCACAUCAAAGCGGUCAAGGAGCCCUGGCGACGAUUGAGCCGUUACAAUGCGCUUGGUCAGAUAUUACUGACCAAUCAACGGCUCGACAAACUUUCAGCACUGCGAGUCGACUUCAUGCGUCGGGGGAUGCUCACUGGCACUUGUCUCUCAGCAGUCAAUGCCUUAGAUGACGGGCCCACAGUUCUACAAGUGUUCAUAACGCUGGCAAAAACCCGCCAGGGCAAAAAUCGCGCUCAAACCAUUCCUGAACUCGCUGAUGAACUUGAUAUUCCUCACCUAUCUGACCUUCUCAGACGCUUCUUAUUUCAACAGACGCAUCCUGAUGAUCCCCGCGAUCCAUCCAAUAUCCCUCUUGCUGAAUGUCCCCUCUAUCUCAGCAAAAUUGCGGUCUUCAACUCGGCAUCAUCGCGAUUUUAUGCGCCGAGCGAUUUGAGUGGUAUUGGUGGCAUGCGCACUGAACACAUCCGCUCUUGUCCCUCCUGGCGAGGUGGGCAUUCACGCAACAACUGUGUCUUUGUCAACACAGACUCUAGUCUACCUGGCAUGCAAGGUCUCAAAGUUGCACGCGUUCGCGCAUUUUUUUCAUUCCAGUACCGGGGCGAAGUGUAUCCCUGCAUUGUGGUUCGCUGGUUUGACAAAAUCGGCGAUGCUGCAGACGAAGACACGGGAAUGUGGAUGGUUCGUCCAGGAGAGGGUGCAAACAAUACUGCUGAGUACGCGAUCAUUCAUAUUGACGCCAUUUAUCGUGCUGCCCAUCUUAUUCCCGUGUACGGCACGGAAUUCCUGCCUCCAGAGCUCAAAUUUUAUCAUUCCUAUGAUGCAUUCCGCGCCUACUAUGUCAAUAAAUACACUGACCAUCACGCCUUUGAGAUUGCAUUUUGAUCUAGCUACUUGUACACAAUUUGAAUUUAUAAUACUCUUUUCUCUCUUAAUAUGCAUUUUCUCUCCUUUGUGUGGCAAAACCAAUGGACCGCUCCUUUGCGCCUUUGAGAAAUUUCGGAAAGAUCGAGUUAUCACUCCUUGUAUUAAUU